AUGUUUAACUUUAUGAAAAAGGGCAGUGUGGGUGGAGGUGGGAGUGGGCAUGGGGCAGGGAGUGGUAGCGGGAACAACACAGUGUCCUCCGGUGGCGGGCUGUCCGUGAUUGGGGCCCUCGCAGGAUCAGCGGACGACCGCGACGACAAGGAUCGCCGGAAGAAGGAGAAAAAACUCCGCAAGGAGGGCAAACAGUUGCUUCUGGGUGUUGGUGGUGGGAGCGGUGGUGGUGGUUCCGGAAACCAUUCCGGCACUAUGAGCGCCGAGGAAUUGCUGCGAUUGGAUGAGGUUCGGCGAUCACUAAAGAUCCGUGGCCGACGGAAAGAGAAGGAAAAGCUUCCGAGUGGCAUCACGGCGGAUUAUAGUGCGUCAUUUUUUGCCCAACUGGAUGUUGACCACCGGGAGUUGGACCGUGGCACGGAAGAGGUGCUAGCGGUAGCCAACACGACCACAUACAUCGACCGGAACGGGGAGAUGGUCGAACGGGUGUCCUUUAGCAGCACCACCACAACGCUCCAACCGACCUCACCGUCGUAUGGUGGAACGAGUGAUAGUGGUGGUUCACAUCCACACACGCCUAGCGGAACCAAACCCAACCUACCGCCGAUUCCACCACGGCCACCAAAGCGUGGCAUCCUGAAAGGUUCGCGGACGAGCCUCACCGGAGCAGGGUUGGAAACCGGUGUGACGUCAUCUCCCACAGCGGCCGCUAUGCUGCAGCUGCUGGCAUCCCCAUCACCGAGUGCCGAUAGCCUCACGGACACCACGACGACUACGACGAAUUCGUCCUUUGCGACUCCACCUUUCUCGCUGAGCCCGGUUGGGGAGUCGCAAGGAUAUGAGGGCCGGAUUGGACGCUUGCAUCCGUUCGAUGAGCGGAUGACUGCAAACGGAAGUGUCACACUCGGCCUGCCACCGAUUCACCUGCAGAACCUUCCCCCAGCUCGGGAGCUUGUGAUCCAGCGGCAAAAGAGCCCACGGAACGAUUUCGGGUUUAGCCUGCGAAAAGCGUUCGUCCUUGAUCGACCGACGGUUAGCGGAUUGCCAUUGGCCCGAUCGAACCCACCGCAAAUGCGAGCGAUCAUUUUCGCGGAACCAAGCUCGACGGGUACCGUGCGAACGGGGUUGCUUCCGGGUGACCGGUUGCUGCGCGUAAAUGGCCAACCGGUGGAAGAGCUGAGUCGUGAGACGAUCAUCGAAAUGAUACGAAAUAGCGGUGACACGGUUACCGUACAGGUGCAACCGAUUGCGGAGCUUAUCGAGCUGUCCCGGAGGUGCGUUUGUCCGACCGGUGUGGCCAACAGCACACCCGCGGAGGAUUGCAACACGCUGAAGCGGAGUGCCAGCAGGCGUUUCCAAAAGACACACGGUUCCGCUAACGGUGGAGAUUCGGGAGCACGAGCUGAGCUCGAACAUGCUGGACCAACGACGGGUACGGCUGGUGGACGCGUUUGGUUGAUCCAUCGAGGCGGGUUUACGGCCGCAUUUAAGCAACAACUAUCGCCCUCAACCGUGGCGAUGCCGUCACACCAUCAAGCGGGGAAAGUGUGGAUUCGCCUGGAGGCGACUGGCGAAGAGCUGCUGAUCGACGAGGACGAUCUCGAGGUGGCCAAUCCGGGCACGCUCGAUCUCGUGGAAGAUUUGUGUCAGUUACCGCAUCUCAACGAAUCAUCCGUCCUGCACGUGCUCCGGCAGCGAUACGCGAACAACCUGAUCCACACGCGAGCAGGUCCGGUGCUGUUGAUCGUCAAUCCGAUGGCCCCGCUCGCGCUUUACUCGGAAAAGGUGGCCUCAAUGUUCCGUGGGUGCAAGGCGGAAGAUGACAUGCCACCGCACAUUUUUGCGCAGGCGCAAACGGCGUACCGAGCAAUGUUGGAGACACGGCGUGAUCAGAGCCUCAUAUUCCUGGGACGAUCGGGUGCAGGAAAGACGACCAGUUUUAAGCACGCGCUGUACUACCUGACGUUGGCCGGACGGGAACAGGCCACAUCCGUCCGGGCGCUUACGGUGGAGAAAGUGAGUGCGAUCGGCACGAUUAUGGACGCGUUUGGAAACGAUCGAACAGCGUUGAAUGGGAACGCGACAAGGUUUACUCAAAUUUUCGCCCUAGAUUUUGACCACAGCGGGCAGAUCGUUUCGGGAUCGAUACAGGUGAUGCCAAUCGAUCGUAUGCGCCCGACGGGAAGUUCCGGACGAGGAGCGGGUGUUGUACCGCGCUGGAGUUUCCUCGCCGGUGUCGAUGGAGGAGCACUGAGAAAGGAAUUGCUGCUGGAACCGCUCGCUGGCGGGCUGACUUCGGCUGGUGGCGGCAAUGCGGCCGUUGAGCAGGAGUCGAUCGAGUAUCAACGGAUUUGUCAGGCGUUCCGGGUGCUUAAUGUCGAACCCGGAGCAGUAAGAGGCGUGUGGUACGUGCUUGCUGCUAUCCAUCAUCUGUCCCAAUCGGGAGCGGUGGCUGUGGCUGGACGGGUACAGUUCGUUAAUCCCCGUACGGCGCAUAAAGCGGCUACUUUGCUUGGUGUGCCGAUGGAGGAUCUACUGUCGUACGUGUUUCCGGACAGUACUCCGGGUGGAACGACAAAAACAAGCCCCAGCACCGGGUCCGUUGUGGAGGGUUUAACCGCAUUCAUCGAGGCACUAUACACGGAGCUGUUCUACACGAUCGUGGGGCUGAUCAACAAAUCGAUCGCGGCUAUUACACCGCACCAGACGGUCGGAUCGGUGCUGUUGGUGGAUGUUCCGGGCUUCCAGAAUCCGGCCAGUGUCGGUGGCGGUACGGCGACCAGUACCCUAACUGAUCUGCGCUUUAACUAUCUUCACGAGCGCCUCCAGUUGUUGUUCCACAACGCGAUGUUGGUGCAACCACGUGCCCGGUACGCCCAGGAGAUGGUCACUGUGGAUGAUCCAAUAGCGCUGUUGCCCACAGACACUGGAAAUAGUACCAGCGGAGGCAGCAAUAGCCCAGCGGCUAUGGUCGCUUUGCUAGAUAAAGUCCCACAAAGCCACGAACCCCGCAAAGGGCUGCUGUGGAUGUUAGACGAAGAGCAACUCCUAAAUCCGCCAGCAACGACGACAUCGUCGACGGAUGAUUUCGAUGACGACAUCGGUGGCGGUGGCAUGGGUGGUGGUCUUGGUUCCAACGGCAACGACGAUCGAGACGGACGUUUCCUCGAGCGUCUGUUCGCGGCGUACGGUGACCGGGAAAGCCGUGAAACGCUGCUACUACGAGCCAGCGUCCCGACCGGGGCUUGUGACGUGGUGUUGCAGCAUCUCCUCGGCACCAACCCCGUUCUCUACUCCGUCACCAACUGGCUGAAGGAGGCGGCCGCUCAAGCACACUAUCUGCCUCAGCGAGCCCUUAACUGUCUGCGGGACAGCGUGAAGCCGGAAAUCAAUGGCCUGUUCGUGGGCACACUCGGUGGUGCGAUGGAUUCGUUCGCAUUCGGUGGUGGCGGAUCAUCACAACAACUGCAGCAACAAUCGCUGCGCCGCAUGAGCAGCAUCCGGCGGACGUACACCGGGACCGGGUUCCCGAAGCGCAACAGCGUCAUCGUACAGGUGAAGUACACCGUGGAUUGUCUGAUCGACACGCUCCGGCGCUCGGGCAUGCACUUUGUCUAUUGCUAUCUACCCCAGCACAACGGGGGAACGGCCAUGGCCACGGGGUGUUCCGUCGGUUCACUCGAGCAGCAGCAGCAGCAGCAGCACCAGCUAUCGACGGGUGAAAUGAACGGUGCUAACAGCGCCCGACAGUGGGAAGAAGACGUGAUCAACAUUCCAUUGCUUCGCAGUCAGCUCCGUGGCUCGCAGAUGCUCGACUUUGCGCGGUUGUAUCGGCUAGGCUUUCCCAUCAGUGUGCCCUUGGCGGAGUUUGUGAUUCGUUUUGGGCUGCUCGCGGAAGGAGGCACAACCAGUGGGGCCGGUGCGAGUGUCAGCGGGGAAGCGACGACGGUUGAUAGUAUUCUAAGUAACUGCGAGGUCGAUUCAUCUGUCUACCGGAUCGGUACAACACAGGUGUUCUUCCGUUCCGGUGUGCUGGGCGCACUGGAGGCAAAACGCGACGAUCUCCUCUCGGACCGGGUCAUACAGCUGCAGGCACACUGCCGCGGGUACCUUGCCCGAAGGCGUCUCGCCCGGCGCCGCCUCCAGGAGCUGGCGGUAAAGUGCAUCCAGCGAAACGUGCGCGCCUUCCUGAAGGUGCGCGAUUGGCCCUGGUGGCGUUUGCUCGUGCGCGUCAUGCCCCUGCUCGCCGUCCACCGGACGGAGGAGCAGCUAAAGGUGGCCACGGUCGAGCUGCAGCAGGUGCGAGCCAAGCUGGAGAAGAUCGAAACCGAACGGAACGAGCUGAAGGCGACCAACCACAAGCUGGAGGCGCGGCUGAGCGAUAUCACUUCCGAGUUGACGGAGGAACACUCGUCCUCGAACCUAAUUACGGAGCGCUUGGCAGCGGAAACAUCCGAACGAUUGCGUCUCGAGAAGGAGGUAAAGGACUAUGAGUCGAAGUACCGCAACCUGCAGGAAUCAUCCGAGAAGAUGGAGAUGGAGCUGUUGUGCGCCAAGUCGGAGCUUAAUUGUGACUUCGACGAUUGCAGUACGAUCGGCGAGUACGAUGGUGACGGUACGGACCGGGAUGGUCUGCAGCUGGGCGGAUCCGACGGUGAGGUGGCCAAAAGUUACCGGCUUCGGUACGAGCGUGUGGCCCGUGAGCUCGAGUUUACGAAAAAGCGCCUGCAGACGCAGCACGAGCACGAUCUCGAGCAGUUGGUUGGGUUGAAGAAACAGCUCGAGAAGAAACUCGCGGACGCGUACGAAGAGGUCGAGGAACAGCGGCAAGUCGUGGCGCAGUGGAAACGGAAGGCGCAGAAGAUGACUAACGAAAUGAACGAUUUGCGGAUGCUGUACGAAGAGCAGAACAGUCGCAACAAUCUGCUCGAGAAGCGCCAACGCAAGUUCGACGCCGAGUGUCAGACGCUACAGGAUAGCGCUCGGCAGGAGAAGCAAGCGAAGGAACGGCUAACGCGCGAGAAGGACGUGCUGAUGGCGGAAAAGUGCAAGCUGGAGCAGACCGUGUCGGACAUCCGGUUAGAGCUUGAGCUGAAAGAGGAAAAGAACAACGCACUGCAGCGAGAACUCGACGAGAUGGAGUUUGGUGGUGGUACGGAGGAGGAAAUCGCACAGUUGAAGCGUCAGAAGCUGGAACUCGACCGACGCUGCAAGGAACAGGACGAAGAACUGGAUGAGAUGGCAGGUCAGAUACAGAUGCUGGAACAGGCGAAGCUGCGGCUGGAGAUGUCCCUCGAGACGAACCGUAAGGAAUCGCGCAAGGAAGCUCAACAGCGAGACGACGAGAUGGAAGAGAUCCGUGGUGCGUCCUACAAGAAGAUCAAAUCACUGGAAUGUCAGCUGGAGCAGGAACACGAAGAACGCACGCAACUUUUGCGCGAUAAGCACGAACUGGAGCGAAGACUAGCGAGUCUCGAGGAUCAGGACCGUGCGGAACGAGCAGCAGAAGAAGCGAUGGUGCAACGUUUGAAACGGGAUGCCCGCAAGUACCGAGCACUGCUCCGUGAUGCCCAAAGUCAGCUAGACCGAGCGAAGGGUGAUUCAGCAAGCAAGACACUCGUCCGGCAGUUGCGCAAUCAACUGGAAGACGCUGAGUCAGCUCGCGUGAAUGCAGUAAAAGCGCGCCAAGUGGUAGAAGGCGAACUACAGGACGCCCAGACCCUUCUCGAAGAGACGCAACGCGCCCGAAACGAGGCGGAAGAUAAGGCAACACUGGCGCAGCGUGAUCGGACCGAACUGCAGGCGCAGAUCGACGAGAACGAGGAGGAGAUGGCCGAGCUGAUGAAGAAGUACAGUGCCACGGUAAAGCAGCUCUCGAGCGAACAGUCACUGAUCGCGGAGUACGAGCUGCGGCUGUCGGAGCUCGAGGGCGAGAAGAAGUCCCUCAAGGAGCAGGUCGUCGAGCUGGCGAAUCGGCUCGAGAGCGUCGAAACCAGCGGCGAGCCGUCGAACAGUAUGGCGUUCAAGCGGUUGGAGCUGCGCACCAAAGAGCUGGAGUCGCGACUCGAAUUCGAGCAGGCGACGCGAGCCCGCAUCGAGAUUCAGCUCAACCGGCACAAGGACUCGCUCGAGAAGCUGCAGGGCGAAAUGAUGCAAGCGCGCAAUCGGGAGUCUCAGGCUCAGGAUGCUCUCAAGAAAGCACAGAAAACGAUUCGAGAGCUGCGAGACGAGCUGUCGAUGUUGGCAAACCGCGACCAAGAGGGUUUGCUGAAGCGCAAGGAGCUUGAAAAGCGCAUUGAGACGGCUGAAUCGGAAACGACUUCAGCACGGGCGGAUCUUCGAUUAGCGUUGCAGCGAAUAGCUGAUCUGCAGCAGGCCAUGGAAGAGGAGGGCGACUCAUACCAAUCGGAUAGCGAUACGAGCGAUAGUUCGUCGUCGAUGGAUUCAUUCCACGAGUCGACUGUAACACGCAAAUCACCGAGUGUCGGAAGCGGAGACCAUUUCGGUACGGCCAAUGGCAGUAGCAGCAGAGGAAGUGUCGGUAGUCUGGGAAGCAGUGUGCGAGACGGGCGCAAGGAAAGCAAUAAUCCAAGGAUUCGCCCAAGCCUGAUUGGAAGUGUGCGUCGUAAGAAACGCUUACCCCCGACGAUUAAGGAGGAGGACGAAGGUUUCUUAACAGAUGACCAGACAAAGAUGGGAGGCGAUUCAUCCAAGAAUCUGUCCCAUAGCCUUAACUCGCCACUCUCAGAACCUCUUCCGACGACUACACUUGACAGUGUUGUGCCAGCAGUCACCGAGUGUGUUGUGCCAACGGCACCAGUUUGUGAUAAAAUAAACGUAUCGACUUUAGAUAGCGAAGAGAAGACUGCCAACCUACAUCCACAGAUCCCACCGAUCGUAUCGAAUGACGAGCAGUGCGAAUUUCCUUUCGAUAUCGACACGCUGAAAUCGAUCAAGGAGAAAAUACACUCACUGAAUCAGAUCAUUCGAGACGAGUCGCACGAGACGGGCAGUGAAAUCGAUCUGGUGGAUCUGAAGAAUCUGAAGAACCAAAUUCACGAGUUCAAGAAGGCGAUCGAAUGCAGUCGGUCGCGCUCGAUGGAGAAGCUUGCCAAUGGGGCCGGUCGGACACUUUCCCCUGGUAUGAUAAAGACAUCGGCUUCAACAGGCUCCGCCAGCAGCGGGUCAAUGUCGCAAAACUGCCCAAUGGCUGCCCAGGAAUAAGGAAGAGAGAUUGAAGAUUGCAUUUUAUCCGGGAGAAAGAGGAGUAAUUUAUAGAAGCAUUUUUGUAGCUCGAUAGCAUGGAACCGUGAUCAGUAUGCAAAGGACCAAUUGGAGCGUUGAAGAUUCAUACCACUUGCGCUACACUGAUCGCAACAAACAACAAUCACACUAACGAUGGCUACUGGUUCCGAGAGCAGUACAUCAGUAACGGCGCCAUCGACGGUAGCACCUGCAACGAGAUUAAGCAACGGAAACAACGAUGGCGCUAUGGAUGAUUCGUCAUUCGCUUGAAG